CGAUGAGUGAAAUUGAGGAGGUGGAGCCACGACUUCCAUCUCCACCCAUUGAAGAGGAUACAAUCUAUGUGGCUUUAGGAAAAGAUGUGAAGAAGUUUGUGACAGUUCUCAUGUGGGCUUUGCAAAAUUCCGGUGGAAGGAAAAUUUGCAUCCUUCAUAUUCUUCAACUAGCUCAGAAGAUUCCCAUGGACGCGAUGGGUACGAAAGUUCCAAUUACACUGCUGGAUGAGCAUAAAGUUAGAGCAUAUCAUGAAAAUCAGAGGCAAGAGAUGCAAGAGAUUCUGGAAAAGUAUGUUCAGAUUUGUCGCCGGGAAGGGUAUCAGGCAGAGACACUGCACAGAGAAAUGGAUUAUAUUGAGAAGGGCAUUGUGCAACUCCUAUCUCAGCUUCGUAUUAAGUGGCUCGUCAUGGGAACAGGGUCUUGUAAAUCUUAUUCUAGGGGCAAGGAGACUACCCUUCAGAAGAUUUUCUCCUUCAGAAACAGUACAAGGAAAACAACCUAUGUGCGUCUAAAAGCACCUAGUUUCUGUCGCAUUUCAUUUAUAUGGAAAGGGAACCUUAUACAUACAAGGUAUGAUUUUACUGUUGUGUUUUUUAGGUGUGAUUUUAAUGUUCUGUUCACUUAGCUGUCCCAUGAAUUCUAGUAUGGAGUAUGAACCAAAACACAUGGUUGUGUA